AUGCUUCAGUUCCUCGGUUCAGCUGCUACCCUUGCGAUCGGCGCUGCAGUUGCAUUUGGUGCUCCAGUCCCCGAUGGUACUUGGCCACUUAGUCAAGGUAAUGUCAGCUUCAGUGAAGUCUACGUCGUGAAAUCGGGCGAAGUGUUCGACGGUGGUAUGAAAACGUACGAUCGCUCGGACAUCACCUGCCUCGGACAGACCGAAAGCAACGGAACAUCCAAUGCUGUGUUCGAGGUCGAGCCCGGUGCCACGCUCAAGAACGUUAUCAUCGGCACGAACCAAAUGGAGGGUGUUCAUUGUGAGAUGUCGGACUGCACGAUCGAAAAUGUGUGGUGGGAGGACGUGUGCGAGGAUGCUCUGAGUAUCAAGGGUGGAAAUGCCUCCAGUGUCUCCAGAGUCAUCGGUGGCGGGGCUCGUUACGCGGACGACAAGGUAAUCCAGCACAACGGAUACGGUACUGUCGUUGUCGAAGGAUUCUUUGCACAAGACUUCGGCAAGCUGUACCGCUCGUGCGGUAACUGCAAGAGUAACCCUCGUCAGCGCUUCCUCAACAUGACCAACAUUUUAGCUGACCUUGAGAUCAUCCAGGCUCAGCGCGUGGACCCAAACGUGAGUAUCGUCAUGAUGAACGAGAAUUUCGGCGACCAAGCUGUUUUGCGCAACAUUUACGUGAAGCCAAGCGCGGAGAACUACACGGAAUGUGCCUCAUCAUUCGGUGUCAACAAAAGUGGAGCCCGACCGGUGAUUCUGAGCAAUGGUCCCAAGAAUCCGGUCUGCCAAUACUCCAACGACGACGUUCACAUCGUUCAAGAGGUACAGAACACUCAGCAGCAACAACAGCAGUAG